UGAAUAUAUCCCUUUCAAUUCUGGUUAAAGCCAUAAACUAUUUUCACAUUUAGUUUUCUAGCUUUUUUACCUUCACGACCGAUAGUAAAAUAGAGAGAAACCCCAGUUUCAAAUUUCAAUCUGCCACCGGACUGUAAUAUAAUUGUGGUAUCUACAUGACGAUGACAACAACAACAAUAACAACAAAAAUUUCUGCUAGAUUUAGAAACCACCUCAGCUCAAAACGUGUUACGAUGAGUAGAUUCAAAGGACGAGAACAAUAAUUAUAUACUUUAACCCAAUAUUUCAAAUCCUCCCAUUAUGUAGAUCUUAAUACUUUUAUCGACAUAUUUUAUUUAUAAAGGAGGACGCCGCGAAAAAACCCAGGCCAUAAUUUACUAUAAAUAAUUCAAACUGUGACUGGUGUAGCUAGGUUUAACUUCUUUGCAAAAGUUAUUAUUUUGAUGAACACCCAGUUGGUGACAAUUAAUGUUUACAUGGUAUGUAAAAUCAAGAAGUAUUUUAAAAGCAGAGCCUAGACAUUAACAUUUUCGAAUGACGUGCUUUGUCAUCGUAAGUUCUUUUUUCAGUUAAACAUUUGUUCUGAAAUUAUGCUCUUAAUAAUAUUUCCGCCAUACUAAUUGAAUGAUAUUUUUUGCUCUGACAUAACUCCGAAAACGCGAACUAAUGGAAGGAAGGUUUUAAUUAAAUUUUCCAGCUCUUGAUGUGCUCUAAAAUAAAUAAAGGUCAUGCUUUAAAAGCGUUCGUGGCAGACAACGGGGAAACCGACUUUGUUUUGCGAAAGUUUAUAACAAAGAAUAUUGAAAAUGGUCAUUAUUAUGUCAAGACUAAAACCUGUGCAUGAGAAGUGUUUGCAAUAUCAAGCAAUUGAUGCCAUCAUGUGACGAGAAGAGCUAGGAGGGACUCGCACGUCAUCUUUCAUACGAGUGGGGACUGGUACAUAAUGCAGCGAGUGCAUAUAAAGUGUGACAUGGUAAUAGGGGAACGAAAAAAAAGAAAUGCACGCCACAAAAAUUGCUUCCCUUGUUAAUUGUUCCAUGUCGUAUGAUUUUCGUUGCAAUAGAACUUGAAAUCCCCUACCCCAAAGCAUUUUCAAGUAGCUAAAUCAAUUUCCUUUGAUACAAAUUUUUUAAAUUCUUCAAACAGAGCGCGUUUAGACGUGGCAGAAGAAGGAACAAGUUAAAAUGUGUAGGGGCAAUGGAACUCAGAUGAACUUAGCUGAAGUGUUUGCUGAACAACUAGCAGAAAGAAGUCAAGCCGAGGUCUACAUGGAACUCAUUGCUUUAAUUAUAGUGGGUGCGAUCGGAGUAACGGGAAACGUUCUGGUCUGUUUGGCCAUACUGAAGACUGCGUCUCUAAGAACAAUCUCCAACUAUUACGUAGCUUCUUUGAGCACAUUCGAGCUGAUAAUCUCUCUUUGCCUACUAGUGUUUCUUCCAGAAGUUCUCGUCACUGGAAAAUGGAGAUUCGGCGAUGCAUCAUGUCAGUUUGUAGGUUUUAUGACAGCCAUGUUGGCUACCGGCUCUAUAUAUGCCAUGGCCCUGAUAGCCUUAAAUCGAUACUUCCUCAUGGUCAAAUCCAAUCUUCAUCGGAAAUACUUUACAAAGCGGAACGUGUAUGUCUCGAUUGCCGCGUCCUGGCUUUUGGCGGUAAAUUUUCCUCUGUCUUACUUCAUUCAAGGUAACACGUUUGAAUUCCAUCCCGGCAAGAUGUUCUGCAUCUUCAACGUGGACAAGAUAAACCUGAUUCAAGCUUUCCUAACUGGUUUCUUCAAUAUUCAACUUCCGUAUAUCAUUAUUUCUAUUUGUUACUACAAGAUUUACCGCAAAGUCCAGCAGCACAACGCGCAACUGAGACGCCUGGAGACAGGAGUGGCCAGCGGUAACAGGAUAUCAACCAGGGAUAUAAGAAUCACGAAAAUAUUGUUUGCUAUGGUGAUUGCGUACACGGUUUCUUGGACUCCGUUUUAUGUCAUCGAUUUGAUCGGAGUGUUUUGCGGUCAAUAUUUCGCCCCGCGCCUUGUGUAUGUGAUUUACGGCAUUGUCGUCGGUAGCACGGCAGCAGUAAGUCCCGUACUCUAUGGCGCUUUUAAUAGAGAGCUGAGAAGUGAAAUUAUAAAAUUAUUUAAAACUCUGCACUGUUCUUUAUUAGGAAGAGCGAAAGUUGCCAUAAAUGGACAGACUUGAACAAGAUGUGAUUUCCUGUUGGCGUAAGACAACUCAAUAUUGAGGUCAA